AUGGGGUGUAAGCAUUCUUCGCCUCGAGGCAGUUUGCCUCUUUCAAGCAGCACGAGUGCAUGCAGCAAAACCUUAAAGGGUGAGAAGCUGCAGCAGCAGCAGCAACAGCAGCAGCAGCAGCAACAGCAGCAGCAGCAGCUACUGCUGCUGCAGCAUCAAGAACACUGGUCGGGAGACCGCAGCACCACCUCAGCAGAAUUUCGUUCGGGUGUACAUACAGCUGCAACUCGCAGCAGCGUUGCAUGCAGCCCCGCAACUGCUGCUGCUGCUGCUGCAGCACCAGCAGCAGCAGCAGCAGCAGCAGCAGCAGAAAACACUCAGGCAGCACCUCCUUCAGCAGCAGCAGAUUGUGCUGCCUCUCCAACAACACACCCUGCUACAGCACCUGCAGAGAUUCCUACAGCAUCAGCAGCAGCAGCAGCAGCAGCAACACCAACAGCAGCAGCAGCAGCAGAGCCAGCUUCAACACCAGCAGCAGUCCCGGAUGCAACACCACCAGCAGCAACAGCAGCAGCAGCAACAGCAGCAGCAGCAACAGCAGCAGCAGAAGGAAGAAAAGCAAGAGGGCCUCGUGCAUUCCUUUGGAGGAGACUGCCUAAGCGGUUCCUGCAGCAGCAGCAGCAGCAGCAGCAGCAGCAGCAGCACAGGCAGCCAAUGCUGCAGCAGCAGCUAAGAGAUAUACAUACACCGCAGCAAAGAGCUCACUUCUUCCACCUGGGGAGCAGCCCCCGCAUCCGGCGUCCUGCUGCUGCUGCUGCUGCUGCUGCUUCUCCUGCUGCUGCUGCUGCUGCUUCUCCUGCUGCUGCUGCUGCUGCUUCCCCUAAUGCUGCUGCUCUCAACAACGGCAGCAGCAGCAACCACCAGGCUUGCAGCGAUUCACAAGAGGAUUCGUGGAGCUCCUGUUAUGACGAUAGAGGGAGACAGUUAAAAGAAGAGAUUGAACGACGCUUAACAUCUGUGCGGUGGUGCUGUCCCCUCUUUGUUUCUCGCAUUAAGACAAACUCUCUCUUUUCUAAGUAUUAUACUUUAACUAAUCAUGUAUUAGGAACAGGUGUAUCUGGAGCUGUUCGUUUGGGGGUUCAGCGCAGCAGCGGUCGACUUGUUGCGAUAAAGACUUUGAACUUUACAGCCUUUCAUUCGUCUUUAUUAUUAAAUGAAGUUGAGGUGUAUCUGCAGCUCGAUCAUCCUAAUAUUGUUAAGCUGUUAGAUGUCUUUGGAGACUUUCCUUCACUUCCUGCUGCUGCUGCACCUCCUACUGCUGCUGAUGCUGCUGAUUAUCAUGAUGUUGAUCAUGAUGAUCCUUCUGCUGCUGCUGAUGCUGCUGCUGCGCCGCAUGAUGAUGCUUCGCCCGAUGCUGCUGCUGCUGCUGCUGCUGAUGCUGCUGCUGCUGAUGAUGCUGCUCCGAAAAGUGAAGCUGCAGCAGCUGCAGCAGCAGCAGCAGCAGCGACGCGGGGAGAGGAGGCAAGCAGCAGCAGCAGCAGCACCAGGUGCAGGAGUGUAGGAGAAAAUAGCAGCAACAGCCACAGCAGCAGCAGCAGCAGCAGGAACCGCAGCAGCAGCAGCAGCAGCAACAACAACAACAAUAACAAUAACAACAGCAGCAACAGCAGCAGCGAGAAUCGCCUUUCAGUCCCACGAGGCAGCCUUCCUAUGACCAGCAACAGCAGCAGCAGCAGCAGCAGCAGCAGCAGCAGCAGCAGCAACAGCAAAUGCAUCCGUCUAGUGAUGGAGUUAUGCACAGGCAAGGAGUUAUACGAGAGGCUUCUUCAACGACGAAAGUACAAAGAAAGAGACGCAGCAAAAGUUGCGCGACAAAUGUUUGCUGCAAUCAACUACUGCCACCAACAUAAUAUCUGUCAUAGAGACCUCAAGUAA